ACCCUCGUCCAAAGACCAGACCGCUGCGGCGCAACCACCUACAUUCCGGCCUUCCGCCAUGACGCCGACCCACCACUCGCCGGCCGUGGUGGCCGUCGCGCUCCUCGUCGCCGUCCUGGCCGCCGAGGCGGGGGGCGACGAGAGCGACUGCAGCGUCGCGCAGACGGCGUUCAGCGAGUGCACCGGGUACUUGGCCGGCCUGGACGACGAGGUCCCGCCGCAGUGCUGCCGGGGGCUGGGCGACGUCAAGGACCUGGCGCCGGGCGCGGACCAGCGCCGGGACCUCUGCGCGUGCAUCCUGUCGGAGAUGCUCGCCGUCGGUAAGGUCGACUCCGGCCGCGCCGCCGGCCUCCCGUCCGCGUGCGGCCUCAGCGUCGGGUUCCUCCCGACCAGCCCCGACUUUGACUGCUCCCUGAUCCCCUGAGUGGAUCGGAUUGGCAACUCACUCUACGGCCGGCCUAAGGACCCAAGAGCACAGACAAGAAGAGCAGUUGGCAGAGUGAUUUUCUCUUGGAAAAUAUGAAUGAUAAUCUUGUUGAAUGAUUAUUUUGUAAUGGAAGAUCGUCGGGAGCUUUAUGCAGUUACAGAUUUGGUA